UCUCUUCACAAAUCCUACCACCAUCCAUGGAGAAAAUGAAACCAGAUACACACAACAAAAACAAUCUAAAAUUCCUGAUCAUCGUCGCAUUCCUAUCUUUACUAGUCGACGGCGCCGCCGCUGCCCACAGCCACAAACACCACAGCAGAGGCGAAUAUGCACCCGCCUCUGCUGCGGUGAGGUCUUCCUGCGCCGCCACACGGUCCCCUGACCUCUGCCUCUCCACUUCGGCUGCGGCGUUCCAGGCUAGCGCAUUCAAAAUAAAUGGGAUCUCUGAGCUGAAAAAGUCCUUAAAAACCUUCUCCUCCGAAACAAUAAAAGUGGCCAUCGAGAGAUUGGAAAUUGUGCAGAGGCAGCAGAAGUCGCUGACGCGCCGCGAUGAGAGCGCCUUUCACGACUGCAGGGUGAUGAUUUACAACACGGCCAAACAGAUCGGGGACAGCGAGGACAUUCUCAACAAGUACUCAGAGUCCCCGGACGCCGCCCACAAGAUGGAACUCUACAACCUCCUCAGCGCCGCCCAGACCAACGUGUUCACCUGCAUCGACGGCUUCUCCCACAGCGAAGCCGACAAGCUGAUCCAGGCGAAAAUCCUCAAAACCUUCCUGAGUAACCUGUACAGAAAAGCCAAAUACUUGAUGUCGAAGGCCGAUGAAACGUUUAAAGAGCUCAAGGAUCAGCCGGUGAAGAGUGGGAUGGGGGAGGAGUGGCCGGAGUGGCUGUCUAUCGAUGAUAGGAAGCUGCUGCAGGAUCCGGCGGGGAAGGUGGUGCCGGACUUGACGGUGGCGAAGAAAGGUGGGGAUUACCAGACAGUGUCGGAGGCGGUGGCGAAGGCGAAGGAGGACGCGCCGAAGAAGAGUGGUAAGAGGUAUGUGAUUUGGAUAAAGGAGGGAGAAUAUAUGGAGAACGUGGUGAUACCCAUGGAGCUGACGAACUUGACGUUCGUCGGAGAUGGCUACGACAAAACUUUUAUCAUCGCCAGCAAGAACGUCGUCGACGGCGACACCUCCUUCAGUUCUGCCACCGUAGGGGUUGCCGGAGACGGUUUUAUUGCCCUUGACAUCACAUUCAAAAACACGGCCGGGCCAUCGAAGCUACAAGCCGUCGCCCUCCGCGUGAACGCAGACCGUGCCGUCUUCUACAACUGCCACAUGAUCGGCUACCAGAACACCCUCUACGUCCACUCCCUCCGCCAGUUCUACAAAAAGUGCACCAUCAGCGGCACCGUCUACUUCAUCUUUGGGAACGCGGCCGCCUUCUUCCUCGACUGCGACAUCCAGGCCCGGCCCCCCAAUUCCGGCCUGAAAAACAAGAUCACCGCCCAGGGCCGCGAGCUCCUCAACCAGAACACCGGCAUCGUCAUCCAGAAAUGCCGCAUCACCGCCGAGCUAGACGCCGAGGGAAAAUUUACGACUUACCUCGGCUGGGCGUGGGGGGAGUACUCGAGGACCGUCGUGAUGCAGACUGAAAUCAGUGGUGUGAUACAUCCUCCUGGUUGGUCUAAGUGGAAGGGGAAAUUUGCUCUUAACUGGAAUGGGUUUCAGGUACUGAAGGAUGUGGAACCGUUUACGAUCGGGAAUUUUCUCGGCAGUUAGAGUUAUUAAGGGGAUGGGUUUCCCCUUCUCUCUUGGGCUCUGAUUCUCGUAUUUGUGUUGUUUUUCAUAUACAUUCCACUUGUACUACGUUGUUUCUUUGUUGUUUUGUUACCGUUGUUGUUGUGCUAAAAUAAUGAAUCAAUGUGUCCCGCUA